UCCGCCAUGUGUAUCGCAGUUUAGAAAACGCCAUUCGGGCAAACAAAAAAAUAAAGGUUUCUCCUGCGCCUGCGCUAAGUGCUAAAUAAACCGAUUUGUGUCUGUUAAACGCGAGUGCUAAACUGAACCUGACUUAAACGGAGCGACUAGUGCGUGGCGGAUUAACGGCCGCGGAAAAUGUUUGGCGGGGGAAAACGCAGCUAGUCGAAAUGCACUUGCCACCGCAGGCAGCACCAGCAGCAGGCCACCAUUUUUAAUUUCUUUGUUUAUUUUGUGCCCAUCUUCGCGGAGAGCCGAGAGCGACAGAGACAGGGAGACCUGGCGACCGAAAAGCUGGAAAUGGAAAUGGAAUUGGAAAUCGAAAUGGAAAUGGAAAUGAAGUGAACACGAGAAGAGAUAUAAAGAGAGCAGCGAUGAUGGCCAGCAGCGCUGCCUCGGGAACAGGGGGAAAUGUUCCCUGUUCGGGUUCCGGUCCUGGAACAGUUGCUGGCGCUGGCGCAUCUGGAACGGGCAACGCCACCACCACGCCGCCCAUUAACCACACCCACGCCGUAUGCGUCUGGGAGUUUGAGUCGCGCGGCGGUAAGUGGCUGCCCUAUUCGCCGGCGGUGUCGCAGCAUCUGGAGCGUGCGCACGCCAAGAAGCUAACGCGCGUCAUGCUGAGCGAUGCCGAUCCGAGUUUGGAGCAAUACUAUGUGAAUGUGCGCACGAUGACCCAAGAAUCGGAGGCGGAUUCACCGGAGACGGGCCUGUUGACGGUCAUCGGUGUACGACGGAUGUUCUAUGCGCCCAGCUCGCCGGCGGGCAAGGGCACCAAGUGGGAGUGGUCCGGCGGCAGUGCGGACAGUAAUAGUGACUGGCGGCCCUACAAUAUGCAUGUCCAGUGCAUUAUCGAGGAUGCCUGGGCGAGGGGCGAGCAAACGUUGGAUUUGUGCAACAGCCACAUUGGCCUGCCCUACACCAUCAACUUUUGCAAUCUCACUCAGCUGCGCCAGCCCAGCGGUCCCAUGCGCAGCAUUCGUCGCACCCAGCAGGCGCCAUAUCCACUGGUGAAGCUAACUCCACAGCAGGCCAACCAAUUGAAGUCCAACAGUAGCAAUAGCAGCAGCUCGUCCUCGGCCAGCGGGGGCAGCUACAACACUCUGCCCAAGCUGGGGGGUGACAGCAGCAAGGGAAGCCUGCACAGGGUGCCCAUGACUAGGCAGCAGCAUCCACUGCCCACCAGUCAUCAGGUGCAGCAGCAUCAUCACCAGCAGCAGCAGCAGCAACAUCAUCACCAGCAGCAGCAGCUCCAUCAGUUACAGCACCAUCAUCAUCAGCAACAGCAGCAGCAGCAGCAACAUCAUCAUCAUCAGCAGCAGCAGCAGCCACAUCAUCAAACGGCGCCUAGAAAGCCGCCAAAGAAGCAUAGCGAGAUCUCCACAACCAAUCUCCGCCAGAUACUCAAUAAUCUCAAUAUCUUCAGCAGCAGUAGCAGCACCAAGCAUUCGAAUAUGGCAGCGGCAGCCAGCGCCAGUUCAUCAUCUUCAACGGCCUCCCUGCAUCAGCACAACCAUCAUCAUGGCAAUCACCUGUCGCAUGCCCAUUUCUCGCAUGCGAAGAACAUGCUGACGGCCUCCAUGAAUAGCCACCACAGCCGCUGCUCGGAGGGAUCAUUGCAAUCGCAGCGUAGCAGCCGCAUGGGCUCACAUCGAUCACGUUCACGGACGCGUGCCUCGGACACCGAUACGAACAGUGUGAAAUCGCAUCGACGGCGACCCAGUGUGGACACGGUGUCCACUUACCUCAGUCAUGAGAGCAAGGAGAGUCUGCGUAGUCGCAAUUUUGCCAUUUCGGUGAAUGAUCUGCUCGACUGUUCACUGGGAAGCGAUGAGGUGUUUGUGCCAUCGCUGCCUUUAUCGUCUUUGGGUGAAAGGGCGCCAGUACCGCCGCCUUUGCCAUUGCACCCGCGACAACAGCAGCAGCAGCAGCAGCAGCAGCAGCAACAACAGCAGCAGCAGCAACAACAACAACAGCAGCAGCAGCAGCGACAACAACAGCAACAAUUGCAACUGCAACAGCAGCAACAAUCAAUCGCCGGUUCGAUUGUGGGAAUUGACCCCGCCAGUGAUAUGAUAUCGCGUUUUGUUAAGGUGGUGGAGCCACCACUAUGGCCCAAUGCUCAGCCCUGUCCCAUGUGCAUGGAGGAGUUGGUUCAUUCUGCCCAGAAUCCAGCCAUAUCGCUGAGUCGUUGCCAGCAUUUGAUGCAUUUGCAGUGCCUCAAUGGGAUGAUAAUUGCCCAGCAAAAUGAACUGAACAAGAACCUCUUUAUCGAGUGCCCGGUGUGCGGCAUCGUUUAUGGCGAAAAGGUGGGCAAUCAGCCCAUUGGGAGCAUGUCCUGGAGCAUUAUAAGCAAGAAUUUACCGGGCCAUGAGGGUCAGAACACCAUACAGAUUGUUUACGACAUUGCUUCUGGUUUACAGACCUCCGAGCAUCCGCAUCCGGGUCGUGCCUUCUUUGCCGUGGGAUUUCCAAGGAUCUGCUAUUUGCCCGAUUGUCCGCUGGGCCGCAAAGUGUUGCGCUUCCUUAAGAUUGCCUUUGAUCGACGUUUGCUGUUCUCUAUUGGUCGUUCGGUGACCACUGGACGCGAGGAUGUUGUGAUCUGGAAUAGUGUGGAUCACAAGACACAAUUUAAUAUGUUUCCGGAUCCCACAUAUUUGCAAAGGACCAUGCAACAGCUGGUGCAUUUGGGCGUUACGGAUUGAAGGAUAACACGGAUUCCGCCGCUUCCGAAACCCACCGAAACAUAUAUAUAUAUAUAUAUCCCCCUGAUCGGACUCUUCCAUAAGUCGUUAAGUUUCCUACAUAAUCUCAGUGUGUGUGCAAUUCUCGUUUACAUAUUUUUUUCGCUAGAUUUAUUUGUGUAUAGCGCGUUCGAGCUGCUCGAACCCUAAAACAAAUAGCAAUUGCAGUAGCUUCCUUUUUCCGCCGCUCUUCCAAACCGAUAUAUAAGGUGUUUCGUAACAGUAUGUAGGAGUAACUUAGCUUUAGUUAAUAGUUUUAAUUGCCCCAAGAAAGACACCUACUAGUUUUAGGCAUUAUAGACCUGAUUCUUGGAUCCAAUUCAAUACGAGUGCCAAAAAAUCAUGGCCGCUCCUCAUUUCGUAGGAUAUGUAUUGUAUAUUGUUGAUAUAUAUAGACCAUUUCCUUCGGUUUCAAGGAUCCGCCGAAUGCGCUGCUGUAUGUUUAAGAUAAGCUUAGGUCAAAGACCAUAUAAUAGCAAUAUAAUUAAAGCCAUGAAAUUUUUUUGCUGCCUCUAGAGAUGGCUCCAAGCUCUUUUUAAAAUAUUGUUUAAAAACCAGAGCCAGCUGCUGCUCUCUUGUCUUUUUAAGCAUUCUAAAUCUGUACGCACACAUACGCACUUGCUUAAUCAUGGAAGCACAAUCUACUUUUCAAUUUUUACACUAGCAGAAAGUAUUGCUGUGGCCUUAUGCAUCUUGUUAUUAUAAGGUCUUUGGUAAGGUGUCAUAACCGUAUUUUAGAAAGUAUUUUAGGAACGCAGAUGCAAAUGCAGCUUCCAUCUUGGCCAUUCGAACUCUUCCAUUGAUGUGAUUUUAUAAUUUGAAUUAUUCAGAUCCUGUUUACUUAUAAGAUCAGCCAGAUAUUCCACUAUAUAUAUACAUACAUAUAUACAACAUAUACAUUUAUCAUACACUCGUUUAUAUACAUUUUUUUUUGUAAUAAUUUAAUUCCGUUUUUUGCACACAUUUUUUGAUAAAUUUGUUGCUUUCAUAUUGAUAUCAUCGAACAUCGUAUACAUCGCCAAUAUAUACAUAUAUAUAUAUAUAUAUAGCAUAUUGAUUAUAGCAUAUAGUUACCAUUCACGGACAGCUAGCGGGUCUCGUCCGCUUCCAACCAUAUUUGAUAUGAUUUUUGAACUAAGAGUUGUAUUUAGCACUGAUUAGUUUUUAGUGUUCAUUGCGAAUAUAUCUGUUAAUUCCACCAACAAUAAAUACCAUUAUCACU